AUGGCUCACUUGGAGGCACGAAAGCAUAUCUCGCCAGAUUCGGGAUUUCCCAUCACUCUUCACCCCCAUUUCAACCCUAAGAUAAAGGACUAUGUUCCUCCUGAGCCUAUCCGCCAACUGAUUGAUCCGCCCCAGGAUCGAGCUCAUUUCGCUGAUCCGGAUAAAAAAGCCUUAUUCUCGGUCGCCAAGAGGGUUGAUUUGACGGAAUCUAUUGGAUCUGUCCUGCAGGGCGUUCAGCUUUCUCAAUUAUCAGAGCAGCAGCUGGAUGAGCUGGCUCUGUUGGUCAACGAGAGGGGUGUUGUUUUCUUUCGCGAACAAGACCUCACGACUGAACAACAGGUUAAGCUUUUCGAGCAUUAUGGUAUUCUCGACAGACACCCAGCCCAGAAGUUUGUGGUUAUCAAAGGUAGCAAGGAAGACCAUCGUGAUGCUCUGAGUUAUACUCCAUGGAAGCCAUCUGGCGAUUUUCAUGCAGAUACAUCCUUUGAGUUGAACCCUCCGUCUUACUCACUUUUGAGAAUGGAGGAACAUCCUGAAGUCGGGGGAGAUACCGCAUGGUGGUUUUGGACAAAGGUUUCACAAUAUGGUCUCUAUGAUGCCCUGAGCGAGACGUUUAAGAAAUUUAUCGAUGGUCUCCAUGCAGUUCAUACUUCGCGCUUCCAAUACGACACAAUUCUUGAUCUCUGGCAGGCCCCAGUGAAUCGCCCACCGAUCGAUACCCAUCAUCCUGCAGUGCGAACUCACCCCGUCACUGGGCUAAAAGCCCUUAAUGUGAACCCAGGUUUCGUUUCGGGAUUCGCCGAAUUAAAGAAAGUGGAGUCGGACAGGAUUCUUGACUUCGUUAACUACCACAUCCACUCAGGAGAUGACCAUGCCGUCCGGUGGAAGUGGGAAGUGGGAAGCGUUGCCAUGUGGGACAAUCGGUAUUCAAAAAUCAUGAUCCUAUUCUGA